AUGCUUCCCAACUUUCAAUUACGACACGGCAAGGCUGAAGACGCCUUGGAAAUAUCGAUACUUGGCUCACGCGUCUUCGCACAUUCUUUCUCAGCCCUCAUGCCAAGUGAAGACUUGAAGAUAUAUCUCUCGCAGUCAUAUUCAGCCACUAGCAUCGCUGCAGAGUUAGAGGAUCCUGCUGUAACCUUCAUUGUUGCAACGGAAGGCAAUGCAAUUCUUGGCUUCGCCCAGUUGAGAAGAGAUAGUUCAGAAAGGUGCAUUGACAAACUCGACAACAAGAUCCAAUUGCAACGACUCUACGUUAGCGAGAAGCACCAAGGGAUUGGGCUAGGAAAGCAGCUGCUUUUGAGAGCAGAAGAAGAGGCAGCGUUGAUGGGAUUCAAGAAUAUAUGGUUGGCGUCAUGGGAGCUCAACCCAAAUGCAGAGCGUUUGUACAGCAGGUCUGGUUACCAUAAGCAUGGGCAAAUGACAUUCAAAUUAGGGAAUUCGAUGUUGAAGGAUUGGGUUAUGGCCAAACCUCUAUAA